UGUUCAGUCUUUCAAUACAGACCAAUAUCCAAAGAUCCUUGGUUACUGGCCUUUCUGCCACCCAAACGGCCUGCUGUCCCCAAAUUAUUUGAUGAAUGGUAUCAGCAGGUUGCACACAGGCUCUUUUGAUAACAAGACGUCUUGAUAGAGCACAUCUAAAAUGGACAGUCAAGAGUCUGGAGAUAGGUUAGUCUGGAAGAUUUCAGCGGGGUCCUCAGUUGGCUGAAGCUGCCCCAUCUCAGCAUCUCAGUUUGGAGACAGCCAUCCAGCGCAGUUCUCUCUCGGGUCCUAUAGGGCUCGACUCUGCCCUCCCCGGGCGCUAAUUGACCAGUGCACCUGAUUUGAUUUAUUUUCUCCAUAAAGUUGAUCAGAUCUCUGAAGAUCCACUCAGUGUCCUCAACAUAUAUAUAUCUAUGGUCCCCAAGAGCUGUAUGUGCGGAGGUUUGUUAACAAGACAGGGACAGUGGGACACUCAUAUCUGCUCACACGAGAAGGGACUUUUCAGACCAAAGCGAUACGAAUUUUAAAUGUAAAACAUUUUUUUUAAUUAAACCAGUAGGUCUACUACAGCACCCAACUCCUAUAUCAUAUAGCUCAGUCAUAUUGGGGUAACUUGGGUGCCAAACAAACAGAGUAGUGGUGCCGCAACAGACAGAAAUGAUUCCUGAAGUAUAUGCAAUUUAUAGCGAUACAGUCUAGAGCUCCACCAUCUGGACAACUCUAAGAUCUUACACAUAAUAUCAACCACAGAAGCUAAAUGGUGACCUGUUUUGUUUUCCUUUUUUACCGUGUUAACUGUAAACUAUAGCAAGAUUGUGAAACGAUACAGCAGCACCACGGUGGCUGUCAAGACAGGUCUAUUCAUUUUUACGCACGCUCGGACGCAUUAUCACCGCCGUCCAACAGCGGUGCGUCUAGGUAAUGAUCACCACGGAUGCCAAGGAAACAACAUGUACACAGACCUUGAACAUUUCGUGGUAUGUGUGUAUCAUAAGAUAUUAAAACGAUAUCUGAUCGAUAUUUUCUGACGCAUUGCAUCUUUAAAGCUCAAGGUAAGUCCCCGGUUUGCUUGGGUAGGCUACCUUAAAAAAGUGAAGACGCCUGAAGCUAUUUUGAGGACCUUUAACUUGUAUUGAUCAUUAGGCUACUCGAGUAGCCUAAGUUAAGUGUUUUUAAAACCCCCGAGUCGUAUCAUUUUGUUAUGAGUCGCCAACAAAAUUACUAAUUUCAUUAACGGAAGUAAACAUUGUUCAGUGUUUCUUGUUGUAAGAUAGCCUUUAUAAUAGGUAUAGGUUAUUUUGUAACACAUAUGGGGUGAAAGGACAAUUUCGACCCCACCUAAAGUGUUGUUUUCAGACCAGGGACAAUGCCGUCUGAGGGAAAAUCAGAUCUGGAAAGAGUGGGUGUCUUCCAGGAGAUGGGCUACAUUUCCGUCGGAGACAAAUAUACUCCUUUUAUUUACCGUCCAUUUAACGAGUCGGCGCACAAGAAUAAACAGAUGCAGACAGCAGGGCCCAAGAGAAAGUCCGGGCUACAGGCUGGGUAUUUCGAUACUCAGUUCAAAAGGAUCUUUGAGCGAGAGGCCCUCAGUGACCCUGUGAAACUAAACAGGCUGUACAGGAUCCAGCAGUCUAAAAAGAACAUAGGAAAGGCCUUCCUCCCAACAAAUGGAGAGAAAAGACCCUCAGGUGUGGGCAGUUACUAUGGCACCAUCAGUGGCCCUAUAGAGGCCAUGAGUGUCCAGCAGGUGCCCAGGAAACCCUACAAAUCACCGGGGAAGAACUUGUACACCAACCCAUCCAAGAAAGGAAGUGGUUAUGGAUAUCCCAAUAUUACCUUGUCCAAACUUGAGCUGUACUCCCCAGACCCCUAUGACAGAGCAAAGGAACUGCUUAAGAGGGAAAUGACUAACCACAAGACGAUGCUGAAAGGAGGACAGUUUCGCUUGAACCUCCACCCAAAGGACUAUUUUGACCACAAUCCCUUCAAACUGGACAAGUCACUCCCACCUCCUAAGAGGACAGAUGAGAGAAAACAUCACUUUGCUGUCCCCUUCAAACCAUCCUCUCCCAGCAAAACGAUUGGAGGUAUGAAAGGUGGGACGUUUGACACGUACCCCAGCCACUCAGCGGACCCGUAUGUGACCCGGAAGGCAAAGACACUGGCAACAAACAAGGAGGGCAAGACCUUUCGGCCAUCCCCAGGGCCCAAGAGCACUCCAGUUAAAAGCAUCAUCACAGUCAAUGUCAACAAGAUGGUGAACGCAACAAACUACAACACCAACACAAUCCCAUCUGUAAUGGCGUAUUGAUGAUAUAACAGCACUCGGGGAGAGAUAGAAUAGCUGAUUUAUUGACUGUGACUGGUGAGAUAUUGCGAAAGAGCUAGUGUUGCCAUUGCACUAUCAACAAUUCUGGUUGUCUCUGAAGGUUAUACAUUUAUAUAUCAUUUGUUGUUAAAAUAGAGAAGAAGAACAUUUUUCUGAAUGUUAAAACGUCUAUUAGAAGAUGUACUAUGAUAUGUAGCUUUUUGGUUAUUAAGCGACUGGUAGAAGGUGUAUUAUGAUAAUAUGGAUAUGUCUUUCACUUGUGAUAGAUAUAAACACUUUUGUAGUUU